UUGUUUUCUAGUUUCCCCAAACGUAUUCCCCCACUUUCGCCGUUUUCAACGCUCUCGACAAACCAUAGAUUUAUUUUCUUUUCUCUCCUGAUUCCUCGAUUUGCAUAGCUUAGUUAUGCGAUUCUUUAGAAGGAUAGCGGGGUUUUUGGGGUUCGCCAGAGACGAUGCUCACGAAGUAAAAGACCAAGAAAACGACCAUCAAAGCGAUAAUGAAACAACCGGUAACCGUCCCGUUUUUCAAGAAACCGGCCUUCCUCGGAGGGGUUUUAGCGUCCCUAUUCAAGUCGCCGUCGAUCGUUCCCAGCCCGGUCCCGUCAUUCUCCCCUCCGCUUCCGGUGACGGCGGCGUCCAGGGUUUGAAAUGGUAUGCAAAGCAGCAAAGGAUCGACGAAGAUGGAGAUGUAGCAGAUGAGUUCCUUGAUGAAGUCUUACAAGAAACAUCAGGUGCAGCUAGUGAAGAAAAUGAGCAGAAGCCAUACCCGAAGUUCGAAGUGAACUACAGUACAAGAAGAGCUAAGGUGAAGACUCAGGUGAUGUCCCAUGAUGGUAAAAUCCAGCAGUGUGUGGAGUACCAGGGAAGACUGAAAUGGGUAUGAUUCUUGGGUCUAGAAAAACCUGUCAUCAUUUUUUAAAAUAGAUUCUUCCUUUUUCAUUGUUCUAACUUCUGCUAAUAACCUGCAUUUGACUGUAUCAGUAUCACAUGUAG